AUGAAGUGGGUUACGGUAGUCUUGGCGGUGGUCACAGCAGGUAAGUAGCGUUGUUAAUGGGCGGCUACUGUAUGAUGACGUGAGGUGUUUCAUAGCUAUCGGCAUCGUUACUUUGUGUUCAUUAUUUUCCCAACAGACCGAUAUGUCUUUUAUAGAUUUUGCUUCUUUCAGUCACCGCAAAAACCGCUGUAUGGACGGAACGAAUCCACUUUACCGACCGGACCUACAACAAUUUAGAAGUCAUUGUGGACCUUGCUUCAACAGACUCAUUUCUCAUCGAAGGCCGAUGUGAGAAUUGCCCGUUCCGCGGGAUAAACCGUCGAUUUUAUCCAGAAAAAUCGUCGACGUUCGAAAAAGCGGGUGGCCGAUUUGGCCAAAAGUUUGAUGAAGAUCUAAACAUCGCCCAAGGAGGAAUUAGUGGGUAUAUUGGAGAAGACUUGGUUGUAAGUUACAUGCGGUAACGGCAAAAUAAAAAUUCUUAGGGAUCCUCGAAGACGCUUCGAGGCAAAUUCGGCCUGGUUAAACGGCUGGAUGGAACUUUUGAUCCUGCAACAACUUUGGAAGCUGAGCGAGUCGCUGGUCGCAUUGGGCUUUCCUUAAACACCAGCAGCGAUAUGAACUUGCUGGAGCAUUAUUUCGAGGGAGUUAGUCGUAAACUGGUGUGUUUUGCCCCAAAAUGCGUGGAGAAUAGGUAAAUGAUCGAGCUUACUUUAUUCAAUCGUUUCUUAGCAACAAAGUCGAUGAAUGCCAGACAAUUUUGUUCAAAGGUCAAUUCCCUGUUGAUGGAUAUGAAAAUUAUACCGCAGCACGAGUUGAGGACAGCAGAUCGGGUCUUUGGCAAUUCAAGGUGACACAUUUUCCAUUGUUUUUUCAAUGCUAACAACGCUUGCCAAAUAAAGUCAUCAUUUCCAGGUGGACUCGUUCAAAGGCCCCUCAGUUCAAGCCCACUCUUUCAACGCCAUUUUGUCGACAACAACACCGGACCUUGUUGUUCCCAAAGACGUUUACGAGGCAUUCUCCACACAUUUUAAUGUCCGACAAGAUGAAAACGACAGAACAGUUGAUUGUCGACAUCGCUAUGAGACUUCCCCUGUGGUAGUUACAGUUAACCGUGUAGAAAUGCCAAUCCAGGCAAGGGACUUGAUCAGUUACGACAUUUGGACAAAAACCUGCUCUCUUCGAGUGCGGCCAGCGGAAAAUCUCGAUAGAAACACAUGGAUUUUUGGCAGCGUCUUUACGGACUCCGUCGGAAUUUGUCUGGAUUUUGAUGAGAGAAACAUUAACUUCUUAAAAGUGUUGUAG